GUUGCGCCGGGUCAAAGGUCAGCCGCUCAAAAUGGCGGCGGCGAUGACCUUCUACCGGCUGCUGAGCCGGUGCGGCAAGGCGGCGCGGAGUCGACCCCUGGGCGCCAGGUGUUUCGGGGUUCGGGUCUCGCCGACCGGGGAGAAGGUCACGCAUACUGGCCAGGUUUAUGAUGAUAAAGACUACAGGAGAAUUCGGUUUCUAGGUCGUCAGAAAGAGGUGAAUGAAAACUUUGCCAUUGAUUUGAUAGCAGAGCAGCCCGUGAGCGAGGUGGAGACACGGGUGAUAGCGUGCGAUGGCGGCGGGGGAGCUCUUGGCCACCCAAAAGUGUAUAUAAACUUGGACAAAGAAACAAAAACUGGCACGUGUGGUUACUGUGGGCUCCAGUUCCGACAGCAUCCCCACUAGAGCACACGGCACGCUGGGGCCCCGCAGCGUCCUGGGAACAUUUCCACGGGGAAGAUGAGCGCGUGAAGCUCGCUGGUUCUGUGCGAAGGGUAUUCCCGGUGCCGAAUAAAGGGUGUUGCUGUCAAGGCUGA